AUGUUAUCUCUGCUUUUUGUAAGUUUUGCUUUAGCUGAUCCAGAAUUGUACUUUGACAAUGGCACACUGACAAUAUCAUCAAGUGGAAAAUUGAUUCCUGAACUAAUAACGGCUUCAUAUAAUAUUAAUUUAAUUACAAAUAUAAUAUUUGAUGAGAACGCCCAAAUCGAAAUUGGUGACCAUGCAUUCCUCAAUUUCAAAAACCUGGUUUCGAUUCAUUUAUCAAGAGGUGUUUCAUCAAUUCAAAAAACAGCCUUCAGAUACUGUUCAUCUUUAACAAUUAUAACAGUUGAUAUAAAUAAUCCCCAUUUUGCAGUGGAAAACUCAGUUUUGUAUAAUAUUGUUAAAUCCGAAAUUUACAAAGUUCCUGUGAAUUUAGAAAUUUUUACAAUUCCAAAUACAGUUAGUACACUCAAGGGCCAUUCAUUUCACCUUUUAAAGAAAAUGGAUAAACUGAUUAUUCCACGAUUUGUUAAUAAAAUUGAAGAAGGAGCUUUUUAUGAUGCAAACAUCGAUAUAAUAGAGUUUGAAAAUGGAUCAGCUCUAGAAAAACUUGAACCACAUUCAUUUUCAUAUUCAAAUAUCAAACAAUUAAUUUUAUCAGAUACGUUAAAAGAAAUCGAGAAUAAUUCAAUAGCGUUUGACUCACAUUUAUUCAAUAUUGCAUUUAAAACACCGAGAAUAUACAAUUUAAUAAUCCAUUCCUUUGCAAUUUAUGGAUCUAAAAUUUCAUUUUUUGCCAUUCCAGAUAAUUCAACCGUUGAAGGUAAUGCAUUCAAUCCAUCUAUUAACCUUAAUAGAAUUUCUAUUGGAAGAAAUUGUAAUUUAGAUGCAAAUAGUUUUGCAGGAUGCCCAAAUAUACAGAAUUUUGAUACUCAAGAAAGUAUUGGCAGGGAAAAUGGAUUUAUUAUUCAUAAUAAAACUCUGCUAUAUGUGAGUAAAGGAACAUCCGAUUAUUUUAACUUUAGUACAGUUAAUUCUUUUCCAAAUCCAGGAUUUCAAUACUCAAGUAAUUUGACAAGAUUUGAAUCAAAAAUACCAGAUGGUUAUACUGAAAAAGAUGGAGUUAUUUAUAACAAUGACGGUAGUAAGGUAAUUGCAGCAACUGGUGGCUUAACAUAUAUUAAAUUAUCAGAUAAUGUUAGAAUACUUGGCCCUUAUUGUUUCACGAUGAUGAGCAAAUUGCAGACUCUAGAGAUAAAAAGUGAAGUAAUUUCAAUCAGUGAAUAUGCAUUUUACCAGUGCCAUAUCCAAAAAAUUGAAUUUAAGGAAGUGGAUAGUAUUGACUAUGGUGCCUUUGAAGAAUGUUAUGCAACAAAUAUUACAUUCACUAGCGGCCCAAAAACUGUGGCAGGCAGAUCUUUCAAAAUUGUAGACUCCAGAAAAUUACUUUCACAAAUGUUGAGUCAAUAG